GGGGUCUGUUGUGCACUUUGUCUUGGAGAGGUGUGUGGGUUGAGUGUGGUUUGACUGAAAGAAAGAAAAGAAAGAAAGGAGAACGAGAAAGUGACUUCAGAGGAAAUUGCUGAAAAGAGCUGCACAUCUUUCCAGGAUUUUUUUAAGGAGGCACUGACACUGAUUCAACAUUCCUUAAGAACAUGUUGGACAUGGAAACAAAUGGCAGAUACCACUGACCUCUGAUGAGACAGUGUGCUCACUUUUAAGGACUUAAAAGGAUUUAAAUGAGGAUAAGUUAAUAGUCUUGAAAAGAUUUCUCCAAGAAAAUAUCUUGCUUUGCUUCAUAAUUGUUUCUUGGUGGGACGUAAACAGCUGUGAGGGGACUUUAAAAGGAAAUUCAUAAAUUGUUGGAGAUAACUGCUCUCCUGGCAAGACUGAAAUUUACAUGAAUAUUGAUGAAAAGCUUUUAGGCAGCAGGAUAUUCCUCGGAAUAUUUCAUUAUUUUCCUCUGGAGUAGAAUUUAACAUUUAUUUCUUCAUUAACCAAUUUACCAUAUAUUUACACUACUUUUAGACAACUUAGUGAUGUUGUUAUUUAUUUGCUAGUGAAUGACAUAGGUGGUGACUGUGAUUAAAUUCUACAAGGACACAAUCAAUCGACAUUCAUUAUUUUAGCCCAUUAUUACCAACUAGUUUUAGUCUCAGAAAGAGGAGAAGAAAGAAAGAUGGCACAGAAAGAAGGGGGAACAGAGCAGGGGCGGGUUAAGACAGGUGACCAUCUUGGGGCCAAAGCCAUGGCAGGGGCCCCUACAGCAGGUGGAGGAGUGGUGGUGGAAGUCAGGGAGAAGAAGGGACCUCUGCGGGCUGCGAUACCCACAAUGCCUUUCCCUCUGGCUGUCAUCUGUCUGUUUCUGAACACCUUCAUACCUGGACUCGGUACCUUCAUCUCAGCGUUCACGGUGCUGUGUGGAGCUCGCAGUGAUCUGAUCUCGGAGCGAGGCGUUUGUUGUGUGUUCUGGCUCAACGUGGCAGCAGCCCUCAUCCAGAUACUGACAGCUGUUAUCAUGGUUGGAUGGAUCAUGAGCAUCUUCUGGGGAAUGGACAUGGUCAUCCUGGCGAGUCAGUACUUGUCGAGCUGUGUUUGUCUUUCUGUCUGGCAGUUUUUGCUCUCUUCAGCUCUCAUUUUUAUUUCAGUCUUCUCUAUCUCAUUUUCUUCUGUUUGUCUGUCUCACACGUGACAUACAGUAAACAACAAUAAAAAUGUCUCAACAUGAAAAUUAGAUUGCAAUGCUACUGUUAUCACAGCCUGUAGAGAUGUGAGGAAAAAGGCCACUGAAACUGUCACAGUCCAUGACCUAUUUGUGCCUUUUCUCACACGAUAGUUAAAUAUGUAGUUCACUGUACAAGUUAUUUGAUUGUAUAUUCAAAGGAUAAGGUGAUAUUCUAUAUUUUUCUAGUUUCCAACAAAUCCAAUGAAAAAACAGCAAUGAACUGACCCCGGUAACAUGUUUUGCAUGUGUAGAGCUCUAUUAUAGUCGCACAUGGCCACUAUAAUUGAUUUUGACUCAGUCCCUCGAGACCACCCUGCUGACACUCACUAGAUUAAUCCGCAGCUAAAAAUAGUCCCAGACAAAUGCACUAUUUACUCCUGUUUUACCAACAUUUACUUUAAUUUGUGACCUUUGUCUUAAGUAGGAACCAAUGGACUUGCUGAGCGGUUGGGGAGUCAGAACUAGUUCAUAAGACAUGUUGUCCGACCACAUCGGAAAAUAAAAGUGUUAAUAGUUGUUCUGAACGGCAUUCUCUCAUAGAGAGAAGGAAACCGGAUAUCAUUUGAAUAUGGGGAUAAUGACACACAUUUUCAGGCGUCUCUCCUAGAAGACAUUCAUAGUGUUGCACUGAAAAGCGACAGAAAUAUAGGGUGUCAAGAUUGAAAAAAGAGAGCUAGACAUCCGCACAGCUGGCCCAAUCACAGUGAGAAGGGUGUGAAUGUAGGAUUGUCUGUUUUGGGAAGUCACAUGAAUGGUCGGACACAACACCCCUAUAAUCAGACAUUGGAAAGGUGUGAGUGGAGGGGUUUUCUAAACUCUCUGACAACAUCUGUCUUUUCCUCGGAUUUGUUCACAAAAAUACUGAAUAGAAUAAAAAAAAAUAAAACAUCAGAUAUAAGAAAGAAAGAAAAAAGAAAGAAAGAAAGAAAGAAAGCAGAGGUAGAUGGAGAGGUUGGGUAAUUUGACCGCCCUUUCUGUCAGAAAGUAGUGUCUUUCCUCCAGGCACUGAUGCAUGAACAAGUGUACACACACACACACACACACACACACACACACAGUCGCAGUCACUAUUCUCUUUGCACCAAGGCAGCCUUUGAAUUACCACAGCCUUGUCUCCUUUGUGUGUGUAUGAGUGUGCCUAUGUGAGGUAAUUGCUGCCUGCAUGUGCAACCAAAUGCGUGUUAGUUCACACACGCCUGCAGGGAUCUGUGUGUGUGUGUGUGUGUGUGUGUGUGUGUGAGGUACAGUAAUUGUGUGUGUGGGAGUGAGCAGCCCCCCCCCUCCCCGGUGUGUUUUUGUUCACUGUGCUCCCCACUGUUUUUCAGGCCUGUGGGCGCACACGUCUUAUUCAACUGUUGCUGCUAAAAUCCAUACUCCUGUUAGCGCUCACGGCUAGCAGCUUAUUGAAUAUUUAUAUUGAAUAUGAGAACCAUUUUCCUGUUAGCACCGAAGGCCAGAUUCUUAGGGUGAAAUCAUGCAUGCUGUUAGCUUCUAAGAUCAAUUAUUAUUCAACUAUUCAACACCACAGUACAUGUCUUUGUAGCUUUGGGAGUUAUGCUCUUAUGCAGCCGUUCCCUCUUUCUUCCUCCAUGCAGUGAAUCAUUCUGAUAAUAUGGCAUUUUUAUCAUUGUUCUCCUUCCCUCUCUAAUGAGCCUGUGUUGCAUAUAUGAUCAAUGUCUUCUUUAUUUCCAUACCUCUAUCUCUACAAACACCCCUCCAUCCCUUCGUUCUUCCACCCCGCUCCCUCUCUUCUCUUUCUCCAUCUAUCUAAUGAUCGUGGUAUUAUCUUCCUCCCACUGAUCGCCUCCCUUCUGCUUCUGUCUCUAUCUAAUGAUUGUUCCUAUUUGAUCUUGCCGUAUCCUUGCUCCCUCUCUUUCUCCCUCUCACUUUAUUCCUCCCACUCUCUGUCAGCCCCCCAGUCUCCCUCUCCGCCUCAUUUUCUUCUUCAGCUUUCAGUUUUUUACUCGUCAUGUCUCCCUCUGUUCCUGUCUCCAUAUUUCUGCUCAUCGACCCAGCGAACUGGGGUUAUUUUACUGUAUUUGUGUUCAUUUGAUCAUGUAACGUAUAUGAAUUAGAGUGAGGACAGCUCAGGUUGAAAGGAGGCUAUUCUUUUCCCUUGAAAGUUACAAGGAGUCUCUGUGGAAAUGUAUCUCACUGUCCAUGAAGCCUGUUUUAUGUUACUGUUACAGUCAGCUUCUGUGUGAUGAUAUGUGAAAAUUAUUAAACAGUGAAGCUCAUGUUUUCCAUCUCUAACUGCUUCUCUUGUCUCUUCUCUCCUCCCCCUGUUCUCCUCCCUCUGUUCUGAAUCAAAGUUUCUGACGGUAGGUGCUUCUGUUUUACUCACUAACAAUCCCACAGCCAGUUGAUAAAUUGUGUCGAGUGAUGUAGGAGCACGUCAUAGAAAUAGUGAAUAGUCAGGUUUUACUAAAUUUAACUAUAUCAAGUAAGCCAAACAAAUAACCACCAUUUCCCAGGCUUAGAAAUCCUUAGGAAAACAUUUAUUAAGAACUUUCUCAUGAUCUUUCAUUUGGGAGCCACAUAUUACAGUAUGUUUGGUAUCUUCACAAAGCCUAAAUCUUACUAGCUGACAAGCUUUCAACUCGAUCACAUGGUCUUCAUCAGUGGAUGGAGUACGCUGAAUUGUUACAGAGAUGGAUCUGGUUGACGCAUUAGCACCAUCAGGACUUAAAGGUUAUGUAGGUUAUGAGGUCUAAAAAACACCCAAAAUGUCCAGUGUGUAACGUUUGGGAGGAUUUACUGGCACAAAUGGAAAAUAAUAUCCAUAACUAAAAUAAUGUUUUCAGUAGUGUAUAAUCACUUGAAUAUAGAAAUCAUGGUUUCGUUACCUCAGAAUGAGCUGAUGCCAUGGAGUCCGCCAUGUUUAACCACCACGUUUCUACAGUAACCCACAAGGGACAAACGUUCUGGGCUAACGUUUGCUCGGUCGUCGUAUUCUUUGCACGUUUCUUGGUGCGCAACCAUUACCAACUGUUCCAUCAGCAGGAUCGCUUAUUGAACCCGAAUGCAGGUUCACAUCGGGGCCUUAUAUGAGUGGAUAUGCCAGUGGGACCCACUCUAAAAACAUUGCUAAAUAGUGCUCACAAACUCCACAGCAUAACUAUAAUUCUAAUUAUAAAAAACAGGAGGUAAAGAUUAAUAGGAGGGAUUCCUCUUGAUGUUGCCGCUAAAGGAAGACUUCUCCAUCAUCUACUUGAAAUUACACCCGUCCUGGCCAAAUGCCUGUUGAUCCUCACCAUACCACAACGAGUAAGGCAAAGCGUUUUGUUCUGUCUUUAUAAAUGUUCAGUUUCUUAUUCAUCACUGAUGGAGUUAAAGUUUCCAAUCUAUUUUGAAACUCUAAUACAAGUCAGAUUAGUGUUCUUUGUUGGGUGCUUGGGUAACGGCUAAACCUCGCAAGCCAAUAUUUGAUAAAGCAUUAGCUCCCGAUGCUGCAGUCAAGCUCCUUUUUGGUUGUUGCCAGCCUCUUGGCUUUCAUUUCGCUCAAUUAAAUGAAACGGAGAAAGGCAAUUAUUGUCAGGAGUUCAAAAUAAAUGGUUAGCAAUUUCAUGUUGCUCUUCACUUGUGGCCAAAAAAGCCAGAUAACAGAUUAUAAUUGUUAUUUCUACAAGCAUUUAAAAGUCUGUCUCUCUCUUUUCUUCAUCUCCACAUUUCUGUCUGCCCUCCCACGCUCUCACAUGUCCUCAGGCUACAGAGACCAGGGUCUUCCUCAGGACGUCUGAGAGAGGUCGCUUGCCCAUUUGCUGAUUGAUCACAUGGACAGUUUGACCUCUUUAACCCGAUGAUGACCUGUAGCUGUCUGUCUUUCAAACACCAGAAGACAGAGAGAAGCAGAGACAUAAAAUAUAUUAGCCACAUGGAGAAAGAAAGAACAAGGGCAUCAGCUGACUGCUCUGUCAUUAAAAAGUCUGAUUAAAGCUGCUGAUUGGUUGAUACAAGACGGCGAAUGGACACUAAAACUUUACAGUCACAAGAAAUAACGUGGAAGAAAAACAAUAUGUUUGUAUGUUGUUGGGUAAUUAUAAUGGUGAUUUUUGAAUUCUGUCUUUUGAUAUCUUUUAUUUGAGCUUUUAAAAACUUGUUGACCUGACAACAUGUUUCCUACAUGGCAGGAUGAAAAAGUAGUGCAGUGUAGUGUACAUAAAAAGGUUGCUGUUAGAGGUGUAUUCAACUAAAUGAUGCAUUACACCCCAUUGGGCUUAUAACAGUGUUUCCAGAACCAGUGCAACCAGAGUUUCCACUGCCCCAGAACUGCCUGCCUGGUGCAGCUGCCACAGUUUAUAUCUGCAUUAGAUGUCAUUGGAUUUAUCUGAGCAUUUUACUGUUAGAUGGUCUGUUUCAGAGAACUAGUGUGCUUUAGUAGUGUUUCAAUUGUGAUACAGAGGUACAAUAUGGUUCAACUUUCAAAUUUCACUAUAAAACAUGAAAAGAAAAAAUGAAAAAAUAUCAUAACGGCCAGUAAAUCUGAUAAUCAUUGAGCACAGAAUCAACAGUUAUUGUGGAGCAAACACGUCUUCCACUGGAGCACUUAAUCAAACUAUAAAUGGCUCUGAUACUUGAUGAGUAGUGAGUUUGAAUCAUAACUAAAUUAUGAUGGAGGAAUAAUUUGCAACCAAUCAAUUAACCUUCAAUCACUGCAGGUACAGCGUUUUAUUUUGUCAAGCCAUGUUUUACUGUAACAGCAUAACACAUAACACAUCUUUAACAGGCUCGAUCUCGCUGCUGAUCACAAGAUGUGUGUCAUCCUAAAAUUACGGGGCUGUGUUGAAAAUGACUCAUGCCUCCUGAUAAUUAUUUUAUUUGAAUUUUCACACCUCUUAAAUGUGUAAAUCAGUGUCAAAGGGAUAUUACACAUCAUUUGAACAUUGUAUAACAGAUUCCCACUCUGGGGAACCAUGGUCACCCCCCUGUCUGUCAGAUUAUGAAAAAGGAAAAAGAUACAGACAGUAAUGUCAUUUUAAUUUGUGACUGAGGUCCUUCGCUUGAACGGCUGUUUUUGACUUAUAAGGUAAGGCUCAUGCAUCCAUGAGCAGUCCUAAACACCAGUAGAGAUUAAUAUUAAAAUAAGAAAACAAUUAGGUUGUUGAAUUCACUGUUUUGUGUGUACAUUAUGUAUAUUUUAAUGUGUGUGAUUGAUAGUGUGCAAUAAUGGAGAAUAUAUGGUAUGGCCUCAGUAUAACUAUAUGGGAGGGUCUUUACUGUAGGUCAUAAGUAAAAAUGGCCAAUUCUAUCAUGUACAAGAUUCUAAACGCUGUAAUAUUUAACAAACUGCCUUGGAACUGCUCAUCCAAACAAAGCCUUUCCCAUGAUACCACAUCAGCUUCCUCCCGCAUUGUACCAUUGGCUCACUUCCCUGAAAAAUAUCCAAGAGUAUCAAAAAGUCAAAGAGCCUUAAACUAAAAGAAUUAAACCAUCUAGCCUUAGCCGUAACACUAAUGGAAAGCGGGGCACUAAAUAGAAAUCACUGCCAGUGUGUUUGCAGGAAACGUGUGCUCGGCCCAGUUACUGUUCAACAAGCUGAACGGCCUCCAACUGGGCCAUUUGACAAAAUGCUACUUAAAGUACAAAUGAAAACCAGAAGUGCAGAUUAUUACCUCUCUUUUAAUAUGGGACAGAUUCAGUAAAUGUCACGUAGCAUUUUCUGGAGAAACUGGGGAUGCAUUUAAUUUAUGGUGAAGUCCCAGUGUUGGUUGUGCCUCUGCAGAAAUUCAUGUGAAUAAUUCAAGAUGUGAUUUUUCUCCUUUUUUUUUUCACUAUCCCUCUAGGGUUUUAAUUAUCUACAUUAUCUUAGCCAAAUGCCUUUUUACUGUUUUACUGUAUUUUGGAUGCACCAACACCAAUGUUUUUAUGUUCUGAGUGUGUAUAUGUUGUACAGUGUUUGUGUAUGAGACAGAUGAAGAUGAUGAUGAUGACCAUAACAAUGAUAUUUUAUGCCUUACAAAUGACCAAUGUUCUGCAAUAAGUGUUUUUGUAGCAGUGAUGCUGAGGUUUCUUUGCUUUCUUUGGGUUUGGGUGCAAUUUAUAGAUCUUAAACAUCUGUUAUUUGGACACUUUAUCAUAAUCAACUUAAACACUGAAUCCACUUUGUGUCUGGAGAAUAUCCACUAAUUAUAGUAUUGUUUUUUUUAAUGAUGGUGGUGUUGUGCUAGCUUUUUGACUGUAGAACAUACUGCCAUGUACAGUUCCCUGCAUGCAUAGCCUUGGUGUGAAUUCACUGUAUAGAAUAACAAACACACAGACUAACUUAACUAUUUCAAGAUUGUAGCUUAGUUCUGUGACUUUGCAACAUUGGUUUUAUUUUAAGCCGUUUGAAGUGACUGAUAAAAUAUCUUGCAAUUAAAAAAGUUUUGGUUCAAA